UAAUCCCAUCACAGCACCGACUUUUGAUCGAUACCCACAGAAUUAAACCGGAAACUCUGAGCCACCGAAUUGUGAGUAUCAAAACCCCCCAAUUCGAAACCCUAACCCUCCAACCCAAUCGAUUCCGGCUUCCCGCUUCAAUUCGGCUCGGGCAAUAAAGAUCCAGACACAGAAAGGGAGUUCUCUGCUCACGAGUUGAGAAAUACAAUAUGUAUCAUCCUACUAGAGGUGGAGUUCGUGGUGGUCGAGAUCAGUUUAGUUGGGACGAUGUUAAGGUCGACAAGCAUCGUGAGAAUUAUCUUGGUCACAGUAUCAAGGCCCCUGUUGGUAGAUGGCAAAAAGGUAAGGAUCUUCACUGGUAUAACAAAGACAAAAAAACAUGGAGUGCUGAAAUGGAUGCUGCAAAAGAUGAGAUUAAAAGAAUCAAGGAGGAAGAGGAUCAGGCUAUGAGGGAGGCUCUUGGCUUAGCUCCUAAGCGUGCAAACCGAGCUCAAGGUAAUCGGCUUGAUAAGCAUGAGUUCUCAGAACUUGUGAAGCGAGGUUCUACGGCAGAGGACUUGGGUGAAGGGCAUGCUGAAGCAGCACACGUACAUGGCCUUGGUUUUUCAAGAGCACCUGUCCCUUGGGAUGAUUCAACUUCUCUUCAACCUACAGUCAAGGGGGGUGCACCUGAAAUGGGGGAUAUUCCUGUGCCUAAGCUUCCACCAAAAGAAAAAGUUGAAGAGGAGUCCGAGGAUGAAAGCAGUCGAAGGAAAAGGAGGCGUGAAGAGAGGAAGCAUGAGAAACAUGAGAGGCGUGAGAAACGCGAUAAGCAUGAAAAACGGCAUUCCUCAGAUGAGAGAAAACAUAGGAAAGACAAGGAGAAGAGGAGACAUGCUUAGGACUUUGAAUAAUAAAUGUUUGAGCAUCGGAAGGCUGUGUGAUCCAUCACAACCUUUAAUUGGAUAUGAUUCUUUGUCGGUGACCAACUUCGUUUUAACUUGUGUUCUGCAUCUGUAUUGUAUACGAGAGUAUGCACAAGUAAAGUCCACUUGAUGAAAAGUACAAUAGUCAGUAACUCAAUAACAAUAUCACGUCAUCUGCAAGGAAUAAUGAUUUGCGCGAUCCAGUCCCCUGCAGUACGAGGCUUCAGGCCUUAGAAUUAUAUAAAUAAUCGAAGGGUGUUAAAUGAGUUGUAGACCAUCAAAGUUAUUGGAUUUGAGCGAUCGCUGUUCUUGGUAGCCAUAUGGCUAGGAAGAUUGCUUUAUUUUGCAAUGUCCAUUAUGUAGUAUCGAUUAGCAUAACCAACUGAGGUCGGUAUGAUAUUUUGUUUUGGUUUUUGUUUUCGUUUUAUGUUUUUCUUUUUUAUAAUAGUUAUAUUUAAUAGAAAAACAGUAUUUAUUCAGAGA